GUAUAAAUGGAAUAACCCAUUUUGAAGUACCCCUACCAUGCCUCUUUACGGUAUAAUUUCCCCCCUCCAAAACCCCAAAUUGGACUGGAUUGACUCGAAAAGAAAGAGGGCCUCUUGGAUGGCUGGUCCGGGUUUAAAUCCAUUCAUUUUCUCGGCUACGGCUCUCUUCUUCACCUUUCUUCUUCUCGCCAUUUCCAAGUUGUUGGCUCCUGGUGUCUUCUUAUAUAGCCUAGAGGUUCCUGGUGCUGCGAAAGCUGCUGGCUUGGUCCCAGCUCAAACUAGUAAAGUGUGCCCCCAAACUGUUCGACGAAACGCCUCAAAGAAUGCCCAGAAAUCAUUUUCCUGAUUUCCAAACCGACCAUGAUAAUUAAGGAACCUUAAACAAAUUUACCGCAAUGUAUUCUCAGUUCGAGGAAUUUUAGAUCUUUGUAGGGAAUGUAGGAUAUAUUUGGAGACGAAAACUCAAAAAUAAUUAAGAUGAGAAAUGCAGUUCUUCUGUAUACCUAUAUUUUGUUUAUCCUCAAUUCUAUUCAUCCAAUGAAAACUCUAUGGAAUA